GCCCGGAGGCAGCGGGAGCCGAGCGUGCCGAGCCGGCCAUGGGCAAGUCAGCUUCCAAACAGUUUAAUAAUGAGGUCCUGAAGGCCCACAACGAGUACCGGCAGCAGCAUGGCGUCCCCCCGCUGAAGCUCUGCAAGAAGCUCAACCAGGAGGCUCAGCAGUAUUCCGAGGCCCUGGCCAGCACGAGGAUCCUCAAGCACAGCCCGGAGUCCAGUCGCGGCCAGUGCGGAGAGAACCUGGCCUGGGCAUCCUACGAUCAGACAGGAAAGGAGGUGGCUGAUAGAUGGUACGGUGAAAUUAAGAACUACAACUUCCAGCAGCCUGGCUUCAACUCUGGCACUGGACACUUCACGGCCAUGAUAUGGAAGAAUACAAAGAAGAUGGGAGUGGGGAAGGCGUCUGCAAGUGACGGGUCCUCCUUUGUGGUGGCUAGAUACUUUCCAGCAGGGAAUGUCAUCAACCAGGGUUUCUUUGAAGAAAAUGUCCUGCCUCCAAAGAAGUAACUUGCCAAAUGUUAUGGGCAGGUGGCAGACUUGGAACAUGGAUAUGAAGUGCCUAGAACAACAAAAGCUCAGCUGUGUGUCUGUCUUUGUGGGUGUAUGUGCUUGUGGGUGUGAUGCAUAUGCAUGUCUCUUGCACACACCCUUGGAUAUACAGUUUUGCAUGAACUCAUUCUUAUCAAAGGAAUAAGCCAAUGAAGCCUUUACUCUGAUGAUUAGACCACAAUUAUUUGGACUCUGGGAAAAAUCCAUUUUUAAACGUUUUUGUUAUUUUUAAAGCAAACUUCUUUUGUACCUUUCUUACUUAUAAUAUUAUCCCUGGACUUUUUGAAAUGUCUGUGAUGAUGUCAUUUCCUGUGAUCCUCAUGCAUUGUUAUCUACUCGUGGUAGAUAUUUAAGAAUAUUAAACCCUCAUUUAAAUGUGAUAUAAAACACAGCCUUAAACACAUAAAUAUAAAGCAGCUUCCAUCAGAAACAUGGUGCAGGCAGGGGUUCCAUUUCACAGAAUUACUGAGAUUUCUCAAUUGUGAGACAUGAAGUCAUCUUCAUGCCUUCUGGAAUUCUCUAACAGGAUUGCCAAAGAACGAAUGGAGAAAAAGCUUCACUUCCUUGCAUUUUUCUGCCUUUAAAUAGCAAAGUAUUGCUGCCACCACCACCCCUUGACCCCUCCCCAUCUUUUUUUCUUAAAACCCCCUGGCUUUUCAUAGCUCAAUAUGUACCCCUUGAUUUCUGGGGAGCUGGUCUAGGCCUGAAACUCACCCCUCCCCCAACUUUACUAGGUGGCCCAGGGCCUAUUGUGAGAGAAAGGCCCUUACACUGCCUGGGCUCUUGGCCAAGCGGCCUUGGAUGGAUGAAGUCAGUGUUCGGGUGAGGGUGAGCUCACUCAGGGCCCCCAGAGGAAACCCUCCAGCCCCUGCUCUCCCAGACACAGGGCGGGAGACCAGGCUGUUCCUGGCAGCUGUGGCUGCAGCUGUGCGGCUGCUCCCUCCUGGAAUGUGUGACAGGCCCAAAUGUUCCUGCGAGAUAUCCAUGCGGGGGCUUAGAGUCACUCAUUUGGUCCAGUGUUUUGCCUCAAACUAUACAAAGUUCCUCUGAAUAACAAUUUCACAUGGUCCAUGUGGGAGGGACCAACCCAGAUGCCAAGCUGAGUGUCCCUGAAAUCAUGGCAUCUCUAGGUGGUACGAUAGGGGCAAGAAUUAGGGGGUUGCCUGCUUAAAGACCAGUCUGAGCAGGCCAGCCUUUGAAACAUGUUUCCUAAAGGUCUGUGUUGCACUGUGAACAUAAUCUCAUGCUGUGCCCUUCAUGUCACCCAGGAAUAUUGACUGAG